GCCUGUGAGCCCUCAGCCCAGCUCUAAAACGCUACCCCGUUGGCUCGUUCCUUCACGGCAUCAACCUUUUCAGAAGUUGUCGGACAGUGGGCGAUGGGCUGAAUAAUAUCUUCAUGCAGACUGCAUUUGCUGUUCUUUAAUUUCCAGAGGUGCAGAUCGCAGUGCAGAUUCAAACUGGAGAAGGAGAGAGGGCGAUUGAGACAUGGCAUAGCCUAGCAUGAGUGAACUAGAGAACCAGGAAGAUUCAGGACAGAGAUGGAAGGAGAGGGAGAGAGCGACUGAUCAAUGCAGUGGACUGAUGGAAUGAUAAGGCUCAGACAUGCCUUACGUGGAUCGGCAGAACCGCAUCUGCGGGUUCCUCGACAUCGAGGAGAAGGAGAACAGCGGAAGGUUCCAGCGCCGAUACUUCAUCCUGGACACCCAGGAGGGGAAUCUGGUGUGGUACAUGGACAACCCUCAGAACCUGCCCACAGGGAUGGACCCGGUCGGUUCGCUCAAGCUCACCUACGUCUCUAAGGUCAGCGACGCCACUAAACUGCGGCCCAAGGCCGAGUUCUGCUUCGUCAUCAAUGUUGCGAUGAGGAAGUUCUUCCUGCAGGCCAAUGACCAGCAGGACCUGGUGGAGUGGGUAAACAUGCUCAAUAGUGCCACCAAGAUCACAGUGCCAAAAUCUGGCGACAUCCCACACGCAGCUGAGGACUCAAAGGCCACAGGGGACGUGGUGGUUGCCAAGAAACCGGCCUCCUACAAGACCGAGAUCAUCGGAGGAGUGCCCAUCAUCACCAUGACGCAGCAGGAGGGGGUUGACGGGCAGAACGAGGGCAGCCGAGAGGAGGUGAAGAGGGCCUACAGCCAGCUGCCCUACUUCCUGAGGAGGUCCUCGCAGGACCCGACGGCCAUUAAGGCCGGCUACUGCGUCAAGCAGGGUGCGGUGAGGAGGAACUGGAAGAGAAGAUAUUUCCUGCUGGAGGAGAAUUCUUUGAGCUAUUUCAAAUCAGACAUGGAUAAGGACCCAUUGCGAGUAAUCCCACUUAAAGAGGUACAGAAAGUCCAGGAGUGCAAAGGUGACAUCAUGAUGAGAGAUAAUCUUUUUGAGGUUGUCACCGCCAACAGAACUUUCUAUAUUCAGGCGGACAGUCCAGAGGAGAUGCACAGCUGGAUUAAAGCCGUGUCGGGGGCCAUUGUGGCUCAGCGUGGACCAGGCCGAGCUGCUGCCUCUGAGCAGAGCGACCGUUCCUCCGGGUUCUACCGCAAAGACCAGCCCGCAUCUACAGCGCCACCCUACCCACAAUUCCCUGUCCUCCAGCCCCCUGCCGCCCCGCCCCCGUACGGUGCCCACGCCCAACCCGGCCUGCGACAGCCCCCAGCCCCGCCCCCAGCCCCACCCCAGGCACAGCCACGCCCGUCCGUGCCUUCAGCGGACCAGGCUUUCGCCGUGAGCGACGAGUCGCCGUGGAGACGGCGGAGCAGCUAUGAGGACGGCCUGUCCGUGCCGCCCCCCCUCGACCUGGACGACACAGACCUGCUCAUCAGCGAAGUGUGAGGCCCCCUGGGGAACCUCCUGCCCCCCCCCCCCCCCACAACUUCCCCCCCCAACACCCCCUACCAUUGGAUAGCAGCAACUGGAGAACUGGGUUGGACUGAGUUGGAUUCAGAUGGGCUGAGUUGGAUUCAGCUGGAUUGAGUUGGAUUGAACUGGAUUGGGUUGGACUGAGUUGGAUUCAGAUGGGCGGAGCUAGAUCCAGCUGGAAGGGGCUGGAUUGAAUUGGCUAUGUUUAGGUUCGAUGAAACGGUUUGAAGAAAGUUGACAGUCAUCGUCUGUGAGACCACAGCUCUUCCGGGGCGCACAGUCCACUGCCAGUCCUGCACUGACACUCACCGACCAGCAGGGGCGCCGAGCGCGCUCUCACACAGCCACUGUGAAAGGAGGGACAUGCCGACGUCUCCUUUGUGAAAUUUAUUUUUGCGCUUUUAUUGUAUUUAUUUCUGGAGGGUAGGAGGCAGCUCUCUCCUCUCCCGGCUUUCCUUCGCUGCACAUUCUCCUCACUCAUUUGGGCUUGUGUGGUCAUCAGUUUGGCUUCAUUUUUACAGACGAUUUUGCAGGGAAAUGUUUUUAUCAAGCAACAAUGGGCUCAUUCAUUGUCCCUGCACGGCGUAAUAGGCACAACAAUUCAUGGGUAUUUUAUAUUUUAGAAUUAUAUUUUUGUCUUUUGGGAAAAUGUAAAUACUGUGUUAUGAAGGGCAAGCUAAUUAUCCCACAUCACAUAUAUCCCAAACACUGGUACUCAAACAGGUGUGUUACACACUGGUUCUCAAACAGGUGUGUCAGACACUGGUACUCAAACAGGUGUGUUACACACUGGCACUCAAACAGGUGUGUCAGACACUGGUACUCAAACAGGUGUGUUACACACUGGUACUCAAACAGGUGUGUCAGGUACUGGUACUCAAACAGGUGUGUUACACACUGGCACUCAAACAGGUGUGUCAGACACUGGUACUCAAACAGGUGUGUUACACACUGGUACUCAAACAGGUGUGUCAGGUACUGGCACUCAAACAGGUGUGUUACACACUGGCACUCAAACAGGUGUGUCAGGUACUGGCACUCAAACAGGUGUGUUACACACUGGCACUCAAACAGGUGUGUCAGGUACUGGCACUCAAACAGGUGUGUUACACACUGGUACUCAAACAGGUGUGUCAGGUACUGGCACUCAAACAGGUGUGUCAGGUACUGGUACUCAAACAGGUGUGUCAGGUACUGGCACUCAAACAGGUGUGUUACACACUGGUACUCAAACAGGUGUGUCAGACACUGGCACUCAAACAGGUGUGUUACACACUGGUACUCAAACAGGUGUGUCAGGUACUGGUACUCAAACAGGUGUGUUACACACUGGUACUCAAACAGGUGUGUCACACAUUGGUAAUCCUGCACAGCAGGUGCUGCAGAAGUGAAACCUGUUGUAUUUCUCUUUCAUGACUUAUUAUUUUAUGGCUUUCCCUUCAUACCGUGUAUGUACUGUAUAACAAUGUGGUGAUGUUGUAUUUUCACGUGACACGUCUCCUGCUUUGGGGAAUUGUGAUUUUAGCAGUUUUUAUAAUCAUUCUUUGACGAUUUUCUUAUUUGACGUUCCAACCAGCUGCCACAAGAAAAUGUAGUCACUCUUUCUGCCACUGUUGUGCUCAGAGAGGAUCUCUGUUGUUUAAUUUGGUGUUCUUGUUCUAUCACGAGACCCAGAUUCUGCAGACCUGACAGUAAUUUCCAAACCUCACAGAUUUAUUCAGCUUGUGUUGUUUGUUCCGCCCCAGUCUUGUCCUCACUAGAAAUGUCAGAGCCUCAGGUCUGUGGUUGUCGAAACAAAAGAUUGAUUGUCCUAAAAGUAGCUACAUUUUUGGGAGACUGGUUUGUCCUGUGGGUUUGGGAACCUGUUUUCCAACUGUGUGGAAAACAUUUGAAAAAUGUUCACUGCAAUCUGUUUUACCGGCUGCCUUUGUGAGCACGUUCUGUAUUCUCUUGUGUUUGUGCCGUUUUGCUCGUCUACUCGAUCUGUUUCUGUCCCGCAUUGCCAAAUAGCUUGGGCAAUAUCUGCUUCUUAGCACUGGUGUCAGGAAGCUAAGGGUGUCCUGAAAUCUGAGCUGAAAAACGUUUUAACUGUAUAGCUGUGAAGUACCCCACUGUUUCCACGCAAAAACAACUGAUUUUGCUCCUGAAUUUUUACUGUGUACAAUGUCCAUUAUUUAUUAUGUGAAGUGUGGAAAAAUAAGAAAUAAACAAGUUUGAAACCGACAA